UUAGCGGACACCGGCGCCCGGAAGGUCAGCGUGUGAAGGAGUCGGUGGUAACGCGCGUCUCCCCGCAGUUACUGAAGAGCGGCGGCCGGACGGGCGACCGCGGCCUGAGGCGGUGGUGAGGGGCCGACGGGCAGUUUGCGGCGAGGCCAUGGAGGGCGGCGGGGGAAGCGGCAACAAGACCACCGGGGGGCUGGCCGGCUUUUUCGGAGCCGGCGGAGCUGGUUACUCGCACGCGGAUCUGGCCGGAGUCCCGCUGACUGGUAUGAAUCCUCUCUCUCCUUAUUUAAAUGUGGAUCCACGGUAUCUCGUGCAGGAUACAGAUGAGUUUAUUUUACCAACCGGAGCUAAUAAAACCCGGGGCAGAUUUGAACUGGCCUUUUUCACCAUUGGAGGAUGUUGUAUGACAGGGGCUGCAUUUGGGGCAGUGAACGGUCUACGGCUAGGAUUGAAAGAAACCCAGAACAUGGCCUGGUCCAAACCAAGAAACGUACAGAUUUUGAACAUGGUGACGAGGCAAGGGGCACUUUGGGCUAAUACUCUAGGUUCUCUGGCUUUGCUUUAUAGUGCAUUUGGUGUCAUCAUUGAGAAAACACGAGGUGCAGAAGAUGACCUCAAUACAGUAGCAGCUGGAACUAUGACGGGCAUGUUGUAUAAAUGUACAGGUGGUCUUCGAGGGGUAGCACGAGGUGGUCUAGCAGGACUGACACUUACUAGCCUCUAUGCACUAUAUAACAACUGGGAGCACAUGAAGGGCUCUUUGCUCCAACAGUCACUCUGAAGAUUCUGCCAACUUGUGACUAGAGGACACUUUAGUAGUCAUCCCGAUCAAUUUAUGAGUCCGUCUGGAGUUCUCUUCUAUACCUACAAAUAGUUUGAAAAAUUGUGCAGAUUUCCGAAUUGCUGUGAUGAAGAUGGUUGACUAGAAUGGCUUUCCUUCCAGCCAUUAGUGAGUUGAACCCAAAACCCUUUGGUGGCUGAGUAAUAUGGUUCUUUUUCAAGAUCUUGCACCUGUUCUCUUUGUUACCUCCUGAACUGGAAAACCACUUACUCCCAUCAUUCAGGUCAUUCUUGUUGUCAGUACUAUAUUCACCAUGUUUGUUCAUUUAAUGAUCCAAGACUGUAAUAUUGCCUUGUAUUCCCAAUAAAGUGUGAAAAACCAAAGUCCA